GUCCAAUACCCUCGUGUCGUCUGGGUAGUACGGUACGAUAGCAACACGCGUAAUCGACUUGUAAAAAUUUGUGCAUGAUGAAUGAUACUGAUAGUGAUAGUCUUGUUCGUUGAUGCUGGCAUGAGGUGCGAGUACGAGUGACAGCAACGUUGGACAUCAAUAAUCAACAUUUGAGACGUUCAAGAAGUUUGCAUCAAAUCUAGUACUGUUAAAAACAACAACAACAUGGGAGACAAGAAUGAUGAACCAGCGGGAAGAGGAACAAAGUUUCGACGUCAAAAUCGCAAGAAACUAACAGCAAAAGAGUUGAGUCAAAUGGAUCCUACACAUAGAAGUAAAUACCUUGCUUAUGAAGAUCCACCGAAGCAUUCAUCAGAAGCAAUGGAGAGUUCUCAGAAGAGAAUACUAGAGCAGAAAAAAGCUGAUGCAUUGAAAAGCAAACAAGCUACUCAGGUAGAUCUAGAGAAGGAAAAACACAGUCAGCUGAUUGGCCAGCUCAAGGCAGCAGAAGCCAGAAACAGACUACGAGUUAUGAGGCUCAGAUACCAAAAUAACAGAGCCCAAGAAGUGAAGCAUUUAAUCUCAUGUCAACCCACAGCAAUCAAGGCAGUAAGACUGCAAGCAAUGGUGCCUCCAGUACCGGAUAGGAAUAGCCCUGGUGAUGAACUAGACAAGCUACAGAGAUCACGUGUUGAGACAAUCUUGGAAGAUGAAAGAGGACUAACCAUCAAUAGAGAUAUAUCGUGACCUCUCACUGCGCUCGGUGUAUCAUGGUAGUGUUUUAGUUAAAUCCUUUCUUUGAGUCCCCAGUACAUGUACCGUACUAAAAUAUACAUCGGUGGAGGAAGAAUAUCAGCUUUGGACACACAUAUAUUUCCCUUUAUCAAUUACUGCAGAAUUUUGACAUGCAUUUUUGUCCCCAUCAGAGUCUAUAUCCGCACAAUGUACAGCCCAGUUACUUAGACUGUAUUGUUUUUAGGCUUAUUUCAGUUACCUGUGUGGAUUAAAGGUAGGGUAUAUCAUUUGUUAUUUGUGCAUUUAUUUCGUUUGAACAAAAGUGAUAAAAAUCUAAAGACAGGUACUUAACUCUAACCUGAUGAACUUUUAGCUCUGUGAAUGCUGUACAUUCUGAGAAAACAACAUUUUAAGAUCUAGGUUUCAAUACAAAAGUUGCAGCUUCAUGUUUUGAAUUGUGCCUGAAAUCAAUGUCCUGGACAUGUUCUCAUUCAGCUGAUUGCAGCUACGCUCACGCACUGAACAGACAAAGCGGAGCACGUGCGACCGCAUGUGUGUCAACGUUUGUGCGCACCCAUAUACGGAUUCGCCGAGUUACAAACCAACCAAUACGGAAAUAUCCAAAAAAGCGUCAGUAGAGGCAUCUUUGGAAAGGGCCUUCUUGUUUUCUUCAAAGUGACAGUAUGCCAGAAGGAAUUGUUUCACAAGGAGCUUAAUGUCAUUACUAUCUUUAAACCAAGUAAACUUUUCAACAGUAAUUUUGUCAGUUACUUUUUGGAUAGCUGCAAAUGAUCUACUCCACCUUUAAGAGGACUUGGCUGCAACACUAACAUGAACAUAUUUGUCAGUAUUGUAUAUCAAUAGUAGCCAUGCUCGCAUUGGACUUAAUUUUGCCAAAUGUUACUGCGAGUAUUUGUUAAAAUUCCAUUUUGGUUAGUCUACCGUACGUCUGCAAAAGAAAGUCAUUCAUUGCGUAAACUUUACCUUACCGUGCUCUUUCAGAAUCUUAUGAGGGCGCCCUUCUAUUGACCUCGUAACCUACUACUGGAUGUGGUUGUAGGCCCGAUAACAUUGCAAAAUGCAGCAUAAAAACAUUCGAAUCAAGUGUACAGUAUGUAACAGUAUGUACGCCUACACUUGUGAAUUACAAAGGUCAAUAACCUAUGCAGAAGGUAAUGUGAAACUAAGAAUGUAAUUUUUCUGAGAUCCAAAUAACUUACUAAUGUAAAACUUACUGCUGCAGUCCGCCAAACACGUACAAUCGACAGUUGACACUGGAUUUAAUUUGUUUAAGGUGACAACAGUCUCUAUAAAGUGGACAAGUCUGUUAUUUUACCAUACCAGUCCAAUGCCAACACAGCUAUUUACUUUCAAUUGAUAUGGUAAAACUAGCCCGCUCAGGACAUCCAAGCAGGCAAUAUUUGUUUCUGCACAUUUUGAAAGAAGUCUGAAUAAUUAAACCAAUUUCCAAUAUGAAUGUACUUUUGUUUCAAUUGGCAAUUGUUAUAUUUUAUUGGGAAAUUUAUUGGAACCUUUCCAAACCACCCCUUCAUGUAAUGCUAGUACACAUACCCACAUCAAUUACGUUCAGGGAUGAGAUUGACAAUUAAUAAAAAAAAGUCUGAAAAUUGCUGAAAUGUCAGGAAGAUGUAUUUCUUUCUAUACUGAUAAUGUCUUUCUCUCCGAUUCAAAAAGUCUGAUAUCAGACAAAAGUCUGAAAAAUCAUUUGCCUGAAUGUUAGAACACUAUGCCAAGCAGACAUACCUGCAUGUAAGUGCACACGGACCUCUGGUUGCUACGUUGAUUGCUGUGUAUAUAUGUACUUUUUCAGUCAUUGUCAGAAGCUAAAAAUUGCAUUUGAUUGUGCUCCUUGGAACAUUCAAUUUUGCUUGGGCAUUGCGGCUGCUCUGGUAAAGUAAAAGUUAUGGAUCAUCUUGAGCUCUAACCAAGCUAGGUUUACCAUAUCACUCAUGUUCACCUUAUUUAUCAUGCAUAUAUUCAGUCCAAAUUUGUGUAUUCAUUUUUAAAAGCAUCUGUGCCACUCAAGGAUUUGCGUGCAAGUGGAAUAAUAAAAUGAAAUUAGCUGGCUAUGUACAUGUA